AGGUUUUAUUAUUUACUUUCCAAUAAACACAAGCUUUGGUGCUCUAGGCACGAAAUGUCCACAACUUAAAAACUAGCCUUGUGUUGAAACAGAUGCUUAUCAACCCUGGGCACUGCCAAAAAGGCUUUUAAGCUGGUGCUUUCGGUGGUGAUGGUCUCCGCCACCCUGCUGGGAGCCAUGGCAUGUUCUGUCCUCACGGGGCAGGGAGCGAGGUGGUGGGAGAACGUAGGUUGGAGGUCCUGUUUCCUGUUUGCAGGAAAGGAGAUCUGUGGGUUCCUGAUAAGCUAUAUGCACACCUGGGUUCAAUGUUCUCCGUUUGAUAACCAGCAACUCGCAUGGCAUAAAAAGCCAAUCCGGGCCCUGCUGGACCAGUACCGACAGCAGCCAUGGCAAAGCUUCUUCUCCUCACAGGUCUGGCCCUUCUGCUGAAUGCUCAGCUAGGCUCUGCCUACCAGCUGAUAUGCUACUUCACCAACUGGGCCCAGUACCGGCCAGGCCUGGGGCGCUUCACGCCCGAGGACCUCGACCCCUGCCUCUGUACUCACCUGAUCUACGCCUUCGCGGGCAUGCGAAACAACGAGAUCACCACCAUCGAAUGGAAUGACGUGACCCUCUACCAGGCUUUCAAUGGCCUGAAGAACAAGAACGGCCAGCUGAAAACGCUCCUGGCCAUCGGCGGCUGGAACUUCGGAACUGCCCCUUUCACUGCCAUGGUGUCCUCUCCUGAGAACCGCCAGACCUUCAUCACCUCGGUCAUCAAAUUCCUGCGCCAGUACGACUUUGACGGGCUGGACUUUGACUGGGAGUAUCCUGGCUCUCGGGGGAGCCCGCCUCAGGACAAGCACCUCUUCACUGUCCUGGUCCAGGAAAUGCGUGAAGCUUUUGAGCAGGAGGCCAAGCAGGUCAACAAGCCCAGGCUGAUGGUCACUGCCGCAGUCGCUGGUGGCAUCUCCAACAUCCAGGCUGGCUAUGAGAUCCCAGAGCUGUCCCAGUACCUGGACUUCAUCCAUGUCAUGUCCUAUGACCUCCAUGGCUCCUGGGAGGGCUACACUGGAGAGAACAGCCCCCUCUACAAAUACCCAACCGACACUGGCAGCAAUGCCUACCUCAAUGUGGAUUACAUCAUGAACUAUUGGAAGGACAAUGGGGCCCCAGCUGAGAAGCUCAUCGUUGGAUUCCCAACCUACGGUCACACCUACAUCCUGAGCAACCCCUCUGACCAUGGAAUCGGGGCUCCUAUCACUGGCCCUGGCCCUGCUGGGCCCUACACCAGGCAGUCUGGGUUCUGGGCCUACUACGAGAUCUGUCCCUUCCUGAAGAAUGGCGCCACUGAAGUGUGGGAGGCUGCUCAGGAAGUCCCCUACGCUUACAAAGGCAACGAGUGGCUUGGCUAUGACGACACCAAGAGCUUCAAAAUCAAGGCUGACUGGCUGAAGAAGAACAACUUUGGAGGCGCCAUGGUCUGGGCCAUCGAUCUGGAUGACUUCACGGGCACUUUCUGCAACCAGGGCAAAUUCCCCCUGACCACCACCCUGAAGGAUGCCCUGGGCCUGCAGAGCGGAAGUUGCACUGCCCCCUCUCCGCCCAUUACACCAACCACUCUUCCUCCCACCAGUGGGAGCGGGAGCGGGGGCGGAAGUGGAAGUGGGAGCGGAAGUGGGAGCGGAAGUGGGGGCUCUGGCUUCUGUGCUGACAAAGCCGAUGGCCUCUACCCUGUGGCAGACAACAGAAAUGCCUUCUGGCACUGCAUAAAUGGGAUCACGUACCAGCAGAACUGCCAGGCCGGGCUAGUCUUUGACCCCAGCUGUUCUUGCUGCAACUGGCCGUGAACCUGACCUGUUCUCCAUCCCCUGGGGUUCUGAACAGUCUUCUUCCUUUAUCUUGCUUCUAACUGGAGUUCUGCAAUAAAAUCCAUCAGUCAAAACA